GAAGAAGGCGAUGGAAGAUAAAACAACCUGUUUUGACCCUCACUUGUUGAACUCGACUGGGCUCAGUAGAAUUCAUCCAUCGAUGAGAGAGUACCAAUAGUAACGGAAUGGUAAAAUAGACAGUAGUGUAUUUGAUAUAAACUUCAAUUGGAAGCAGUUUUAUUCUUUACCCUUUUGUGAAUAAUCGAGUGAACUUAACUCGAAUAUUAACAGUUCACAAAAGUUACAAUUUACAUCUUUAAAGGACAACAAUUUUAUCGUAGAAGCCAAGAAGAAGGAUCCUAUUGGACGAAAGGAAUGAAUGAAAAUUAGGAACAUCAAAAAAUAUAUAGCCACAAAAUGUCAGCUAUAAUCAGUUUGACUUGGUUUUUUAUCCUCAUCACCAUUCUGCCUACAAUACAACCACAAGAAACAGGAAUUCAAGACAAAGAAUCUUGCUGUUCUAAACGAGUUGGAACAUAUAACACAGCCUUGAGUUCAUUGCAGUUCGCAUCAUUGAACGGCUGCUUUUGCAGAGAAAUACAGGAUGGUUAUACUCUUUGUUACAAUGCCAACAAUCUACCAAACUGUAAAAAUUAUCCCAAACAAAUCAAGAUUAAUACAACAGAAUUAAUUUUAAGAUCCACAUCUAUAAAGGAGAUACUUGUUGAUGAUUUUUCGAAUCUACGAGAUUUAGUAAAACUAACGAUAGAGAAUAAUCCCAAACUUGACCGAAUACAAGAACUCGCUUUUAAAUAUUUGACUAAACUAACUACGUUGAAUAUUAUUUCUAAUCCUUCGUUGAAUCAUUUACAUCCUGAUGCAUUUCAAGGCUUAGUUAGUUUGAAAGAACUCAAAAUAGUCUAUUGUGGAUUUUCAAUGAUUGGAGAGUUGACGAAAGCUUUACAGAUCAAGGUUGUUCCAAAUCUCCAAAAUCUGAAUGUUACUGGCAAUAACUUUGUGAGUAUAUCAGCUGAUGACUUCGUUCCUAUGGGAGAUACUAAGGAUGAGAAGUCGCAGCUCCAAGAACUAGAUAUGAGCUCAUGUGGAAUCCAUAAUAUGGAAAUAGGAGCUUUGAACCAUCUGAAGAAAUUAACGAAACUACAUAUAGGAGGAAAUUCUUUGGCAACAAACACCCUUGUUGAUCUUCUGGAAAGUUCUAUCUCUACUGGAAUCAAUUUAACGUCGCUUGAUGUGCAAUAUUUUGGAAUUAACGGUUCAGUACCUGAAUCACUUACAAAACUCAUUGCUACAUCAAAUAUAAAUUCCUUGACACUAUCAGGCAAUAACUUUGGAGUACUAGAUGGGAAAACUUUACCAAACUCUUUGCCUAAUUUGAAAACUUUGGAUAUGAGCAACGUUUUCACGAACUUCAUAGAAGAUUCAUUCUACGAAAAGAUUCCAAAUGUGGAAAAACUAAUCUUGAAUAAACAUAACCUCUCUUACUUCACAAUACCUAAGCGUCUUCCUAAUCUGAAAUAUCUAGACCUCUCUGAAUUCACGAAAAAAGGAGCUUGGGAGUUUUUCCACCUAGAAACUCAACUUCCUGCCUCCAGUUUAGAGUAUCUUGACCUUCACUCUACCCGAAUGGCUUUCCUUUUGAGAGACUCAUUCAAAUUCUUGCCAUCCCUGAAAGAAUUGAACCUGAAAAAUUGCAUCCUAGCUAAAUUCAGUACAGGCUCAUUUAAUGGUCUCAGUAACUUGAAGUAUUUGAAUUUGGAGGAUAAUAAAUUUUUCAUUAUGUAUAUGAAGUAUCCAUCAGAACCGUUCUUAGGACUUGAAAAUUUGGAAACUCUUCUUCUUGGAGGCAAUGCUAUCAGCUAUAUUUCUUCCAAUGGAAAUAACUUAUUCAAACAUCUUAAAAGUGUUAAAUGUUUGGGACUUCAGAAGAACAGCCUUGAAGUGAUUACUGCUUUCGAUUUUGAACCUCUGGAAAGUCUAGAAAUACUGGAUAUUUCUUGGAAUCCUCUGUAUGCUUGGGAUGAUAGAGUUUUCUUCAAGAGUAAACUGGAGAAGUUUUAUGCCUCAUCAAAUUACUUCACUUAUUUGAGCCGAGCAAUGUUAGCAGAUUUUGGCAAAUUUUCUACUUUAGAUAUUGGCUACAGUCCGUUCUCUUGCGAUUGUAGAAUGAUGAGAAGAAUGUAUCCAGAUAAGAUCUUACUGAAGGAGAUAAAAAAUUCGGAAAGAUACAAAAAUUUACUAUGUGCAGGUUCACAUGAAGUGACCAUGAUUGAUUUCCUUGAAACUUCGGCUUAUUCAGAUUGUGAACCCAAAAAAUCGUUUAUGAUGUACUUCUUGGGAACAUUCUUUGUUAUCGUAUUUCUUCUCGCGGUGUUUAUUUUGAUGUAUAUGGUAAAGGAUCAAAUUCCUUAUGCUAGUGCCUUUAUUAGGUCGACGCAAGGUAGGCAGAACAUUCUGUGAUGAUAGUUUUAUAAACGUGCUAAUAUUCCUAUUUGGUUUUAUUUUACAAAUGUAAUUAUUAAAUAAUAUUUAUACAAAA